AUGAGUCUGCAUCUAGUUUUGGCCGGACCCUCGGCUCUCUCUUCUUUCAGAGUGUCGAACUUGGUUCUGGAGAUCGAUAAGAAACUUGGCGAAUCAGUCAUUGAAGAUGUAACUUCUUGUUACACCCACUAUGUCUCAAUCAAGAAGGAGUUGUCGCAGCAACAGCAAAAGCUUGUGGAUGUUUUGUUGCAGUAUGACUCUCCUGUAGGUACCGACGACUUGACGAAAUCCUUAGUUGCACUUACCACCGAUAAGACGUCAUCAAUUCCUUCAAACUGUUACUUGGUUCGGAUUCUUCCUCGUCCAGGAACCAUCUCUCCAUGGUCGUCCAAGGCUACGGAUAUCGCCCAUAUUUGUGGGUUGAAAGACCAUGUUGAAAGAAUUGAAAGAGGUUUGAGUUUGCUCAUCAAAGUAAAGCCUGGCUAUGAUUUCGAAUCCAAGUUGGACUCUGAGGGCUCAAUCUUGACAUGUGUGUUUGAUAGAAUGACCCAGAAACUUUACUUGGGCACCAACUCGCCAAAACAUGACGAUUUGUUUGCUCACCACUACCCCAAACCUCUCGUGGAUGUGGAUAUCAUGAGCGACUCCAACAACUUGUUGAAGGCUAACAAGGAGAUGGGAUUGGCUUUGGACAAGGGAGAAAUCGACUACUUGAUUGACGCUUUUGUCAACAUCAUUGGAAGAAACCCAACUGACGUGGAGUUGUUCAUGUUUGCCCAAGUCAACUCAGAACAUUGUCGUCACAAGAUUUUCAAUGCCGACUGGACUAUCGAUGGACAAAAGAAGGACUUGUCCUUGUUCAAGAUGAUCAGAAACACCCACUCUGUUACUCCCCAACAUACAAUUUCUGCGUAUUCCGAUAACGCUGCCGUUUUUGAGGGCCCUGAAGGUUACCAUUUCACACCAGACUUCCUCACAAAAGAAUGGAAAUCGAUCAAAGAACAAGUACACACCUUGGUUAAGGUUGAGACUCACAACCACCCCACGGCGGUAUCUCCAUUUGCCGGUGCUGCUACUGGUUCUGGUGGUGAAAUCAGAGACGAAGGUGCGGUUGGACGUGGGUCCAAAUCUAAAGCUGGAUUGUCUGGAUUUUCCGUUUCUGAUUUGAACAUUCCUGGCUUUCAACAGCCAUGGGAAUUGCAACUCGGAAAACCUCACCACAUUGCUGCCAGUUUGGACAUUAUGAUCGAAGCACCUAUCGGUUCGGCAGCUUUCAACAACGAGUUUGGACGUCCUGCUAUCAACGGUUAUUUCAGAACGUUGACCACGCAAGUUAAAAACCACGAAGGUAAAAGCGAGUACAGAGGCUUCCACAAACCAAUUAUGUUGGCUGGUGGUAUGGGCUCAAUUCGUCCUGAUUUGGCAUUGAAAAAUAAAAAGAUAACUCCUGGUGCCAAAUUGAUUGUUUUGGGAGGUCCAUCUAUGCUUAUUGGUCUUGGUGGAGGAGCCGCUUCUUCUGUCUCUUCUGGUGAAGGAUCUGCUGAUUUGGAUUUCGCAUCGGUUCAAAGAGGUAACCCAGAGAUCCAGCGUAGAGCUCAACAAGUUAUCGACUCAUGUACCUCUUUGGGUGCUGAAUCGAAUCCUAUUCAGUCGAUCCAUGAUGUUGGCGCCGGUGGUCUUUCGAAUGCUUUGCCAGAACUUGUGCACGAUAAUGAUCUCGGAGCUAUUUUCGAGUUGAGAUCAAUCUUAUCUCUUGAGCCUGGUAUGUCACCAAUGGAGAUUUGGUGUAACGAAUCUCAGGAAAGAUAUGUGAUGGGUGUUGCACCAGAAGACUUGGAAACGUUUGAGCAAAUUUGUAAGAGAGAACGUGCGCCAUAUGCUGUUGUUGGUGACGCUACGGUGGAAAAAAGAUUGGUUCUCAAGGAUUCCUUACUCAACUCCACCCCUAUCGACUUAUCCAUGUCUGUUUUGUUUGGUAAACCUCCUAAAAUGUCGAGGACCUGUGUUACUCAGAAUUUAAAUUUGGAUGCUUUCACCACUUCGGGAAUUGAAGUUGACGAAGCUGUAAAGAGAAUUUUGCACCUUCCAUCAGUUGCUUCCAAAAACUUCUUGAUCACCAUUGGUGACAGAUUCAUCACUGGUUUGGUUGAUAGAGAACAAAUGGUGGGUCCAUGGCAAGUGCCAGUGGCAGAUGUUGGUGUCACUGCUACUUCCUUGGGAGAGACCAACUUGUCUACUGGAGAUGCAAUGGCUAUGGGUGAAAAGCCAACAUUGGCGUUGAUUUCUGCUGCUGCUUCUGCCAAAAUGUGCGUUGCUGAAGCCUUACUCAACGUUUUUGCAGCCGAUAUUCCUGCUUUGGAGCGGGUGAAAUUGUCUGCCAACUGGAUGUCUGCUGCUUCUCACGAUGGUGAAGGUGCAAAGUUAUACGAAGCUGUUCAAGCUAUUGGCUUGGACUUGUGUCCUGAUCUUGGAAUUUCUAUCCCAGUCGGAAAGGACUCCAUGUCCAUGAAGAUGAAGUGGGAUGAUAAAGAAGUUACCGCACCAUUGGCAUUGACAAUCACUGCCUUUGCUCCUUCUCAGAAUACCUCAAACACAUGGACCCCAGUGUUACAGCACGAAGACGAUACCGUAUUGGUGUUAGUGGACUUGUCCGCGGGACAUGAAAAGGCUUUAGGAGGUUCGGCGUUGGCUCAAGUGUACAAACAAGUUGGAAACACUUGUCCAACUGUGCACUCUAAUAGUGAAUUGAAGAGCUUUUUGACUUCUUUAAUUGCUUUGCAUGCGUCUGAAAAGGUGUUGGCAUACCAUGAUGUUUCUGAAGGUGGAUUACUCACGACCGUUUUGGAAAUGUGUUUUGCAGGUCGUUGUGGUGUUUCUCUCGACAUAACCAGUCAAGCAGACGCCUUGACGGCAUUGUUUAACGAGGAACUUGGAGCAGUUUUCCAAAUACGCUCUAACGACUAUGAUGAUUUUGUGUCUAUCUUUGAGAAGUCCGGCUUGUCAAAGAGCUUUAUCUCCAAAAUUGGUGUCCCAUCAUUUUCCAGUCAGGAAGUAAAGGUUGUCGUCAAUGAGUCCAAGGUGUACGAGAGCACUAGAGGUGAACUUCAAAGUAUGUGGGCAGAAACUUCUUAUCAAAUCCAAAAGUUGAGAGACAACCCUGCAACUACAGAACAAGAAUUCCAAGCCAUCGGUGAUGAUAAAGACCCUGGAUUGAGUUACCAAUUGACUUAUAGUCCUGGAGACGAUCUUGCCAUUUCCACCUUAACUUCUAAGCACAAGGUUGCCAUUUUGAGAGACCAAGGUGUUAACUCACAACAGGAAAUGGCAUGGUGUUUCCAACAAGCUGGAUUCACUGUGGUGGAUGUUCACAUGUCGGAUAUUUUGACUGGCAAGGUCACGUUGAAAGACUUUGUAGGUCUUGCCGCUUGUGGUGGAUUCUCAUACGGUGAUGUCUUGGGAGCUGGUGCUGGAUGGGCCAAAUCUGUUCUUUUCAACGACAGAGCUCGUAAGGAAUUCGAACACUUUUUCAAAGAAAGAAACGAUACCUUUGCCUUUGGUGCAUGUAAUGGAUGUCAAUUCUUUAGCAGAGUUGCCGAAUUGAUACCAGGAACUGAAGAAUGGCCAACGUUCGAGCGCAAUUUGUCCGAGCAAUAUGAGGCAAGAUUUGUCAUGGUUGAAGUUACUGAUGACUCCAGCGACUCUAUCUUUUUGAAGGGCAUGAAGGGCUCCAAGAUGCCUAUUGCCGUGGCUCAUGGUGAAGGGCGUGCUACUUUUAAGACUCAAGAGACGAAACAACAAUUCACUAAAGAUGGUCUUACUGCCGUCAGAUAUGUUGAUAACUAUGGUCAUGCCACCGAGACGUAUCCAUUCAACCCUAAUGGAUCACCAGAUGGUAUUGCCGGAAUCAGUUCGAAAAAUGGUAGGGUUUUGGCCAUGAUGCCUCACCCAGAAAGAGUUUGUAGAUUAGAGUCAAACUCUUGGUACCCUACCGAAAAGCGUGAAGAAUGGAACAACUAUGGACCAUGGAUCAGGCUAUUCAGAAACGCCAGAAAAUGGGUGGAAUCCCAAUAG